AUGAUCAUCAUGAGUGUUGGUGAAUUUGGUACUUUCUACAAAAACCUCAAUGACUGUAAGAGUCGUGUGGCUUUGCAAGGCAAGAUAUUCUUCUCCAUAUAUGAACUGCUUGUAACACUUAUGUUAUUGAAUUUGCUGAUCGCGAUGAUGACAAGGACUUACGAGAAAAUCGCCGAGACGGAAAAGGAAUGGAAGCGUCAGGUACUUCUUUCUUUUUUUUUUAACACA